AUGUCGCAAGAUACUGGGCUGUUCAGCAUCAAGCGCUCCCGAGAAACUCUUGGGAGUGUACAGAACUUCUCCGCCAUCCCCCAACCACAGUCGGCGCUAAAGCGCCCAAGCUCUAUCGGAUUCCAAAACCCCCAAUUCAGCUCUCAGGGUCAUCGAGCCUCCUUGAUGGGCAUGGGCUCAACCGGUCGUCCACAGCAACCGAAUUUUUCGCGCGCGUCAAUGGGUGGGCCAUAUGGUGCUGAUGCUGGACUUUCGUCUGUUCGCCGGUCAGUGUCGAGUAAUAUGUUCAAUGGGGCCAGUGCCAGUCGACAAAGCUAUGCGCCGGGUUCUCUUUCCUCGAACGCUGCGCCUCAGAAUCCGCAGCGCAGAAGCAGUGUGUUCUCACGACCGUCAACGGGAGGAGGCCCCAUGGGACAUCAAUCAUUCUUCACCCAAGUCCCUGCUGUAGCCGGUGUCCCCAGAGAUCCGCGCCCUCUCAGAGACCGAUCUUUCCAGGCGCGGAUUGGUCAAGAAUUAUUGGAAUAUUUGACCAUUCACGGGUUCGAGUUGGAGAUGAAGCAUUCUUUGGGGCAGAACACUCUACGCUCGCCAACGCAGAAGGAUUUUAACUACAUCUUCCAGUGGCUAUACCACCGGAUCGACCCGGGACACAAAUUUCAAAAGGCAAUGGAUGCCGAAGUACCGCCAAUUUUGAAGCAAUUACGAUACCCUUAUGAGAAAGGCAUCACAAAGUCACAGAUCGCAGCCGUUGGUGGCCAGAAUUGGUCGACGUUCCUUGGAAUGUUACAUUGGUUGAUGCAAUUGGCUCAAAUGAUGGAUCGCUAUCAGUCCGGCGAAUAUGAUGAUGCAUGCGCCGAGGCGGGUGUUGAUGUCUCCGGUGAUCGCAUCAUCUUCCGCUUCCUCACCCAGGCCUAUCACGAUUGGCUACAAGGUGGUGAAGAUGAGGAUGAUGACACUGCGGAAAAGCGGCUAAUUCCACAUGUCGAAAACAUGUCACGAGAAUUCGCUCAUGGCAAUGAGCGAUAUGUGCAGGAAAUGGAGGCGUUGGAAGCGGAGAAUCAGGCUCUUCGUGAGCAGAUCAAAGAAGUGGAGAAGAGCGCCCCUGACAUUGCCAAAUUGGAUAAACACUUCCGCAUUAUGGAGGAUGAUAAGAGGAAAUUCGAGGAUUACAAUCAGAAUGUCAAAGGAAAAAUCGACAAGUAUGAGACCCGCAUCAAGUUCCUUGACGCGGAGAUCCAGAAAACCGACGUCGAUCUCCAAGCUACUGAAUCUGAGCGUUCCGAACUCCAGGCAAGUGUCGAUCGCCAAGGCAUUACAAUUCAGGACAUCGACCGCAUGAACUCGGAGCGAGAACGCCUACAAAAAACCCUCGAAGAUACUGUGGCUCGCCUAGAAGAGGUUCAUGCCCGGGUCAUGGAGAAAGAAGCGGAAGCCAGUCAGAAACUAGAGGAUCUGGAGCAGAUCGUGAAAGCUUACAAUACUCUUGGCUACCAGACUAGCCUGAUUCCUGCAGCUGCUGAGAAUGCGAAGGGCCAAGAUUAUGAGCUUAGUCUGAAUAUUAAUGAGAACAAUUUCUCCGCAAGCCAGAUUGGUGGCCCCCCCAGCCGAAUCUCCCCUGAGGGAGAUCGUCUACUGGCGGAACCUUUUACUGGAUAUCACCCAGCACAUUUGCUCAGUCUGGAUCUUCGUGGCUUUGUUCGAAACAGCCUGCAAUCACUCCGCAAAGAGAUCAAUGAACGACGGAAGCAGGGGAUCGACGACGAUCUCGAGCGUCGUAAUUUGCUAGACAACAUCAAAGAGGCAAUGGACGAGAAGCGAAGCGAGGUGGAAGCCUUGGAGCAUCGACGUCGGGCGGCAGAGGAAGAGUUCGAGCGGACCAAAGAAAUCACUACUACUCAGAAGUUGGCUUCUGAUGCCCAAAUUGAGAAGAUGGAGAAAGAAUUGGCCAAAAUGCGCGCUUCACUCAGCGAAAAUGUACAAUUGGUGGAGCAGCGGGAGAUGAACACCAAUAUUGAGUACGAACAACUGACACUUCGGGCAAAUGCUCUUCGGGAGGAGUUACAUACCAACGUUGAGACGAUGCUCAACGACGUGAUUCGCUUCAAAGUACAUGUUCAGAAAGGUCUCGAAGAUUACGAGAGCUUUGUUGUUGAUGAAGUGGAACAGGAACUUGGAAGCGAAGAUGUUCCUGAAGAGGAGCUUUGA